AUGAACUCUCUCUCAUACGAACACUUACCACUCAACCCUGCCCUUUCAUCAAUAAGACUGCUUGUCAUCCAACCAGCAGAAUGGGAUGCCCCUUUGGAGGCUGAGAUGACUGUAGUCAGCUUGGCCAACAAACCGAUCUACGACACACUUUCUUACGUCUGGGAAACAGAAAACCUCAAAGAUAGAAGUAAGAGUAUACUGAUCAACGGCACUCCUAUCCCAUUAUCUGAUACUCUGUUCAAUGCUAUUCACGUGCUCCGGCCCCGCCGAGGCGUUGAGAGUACACCUUUACUAAUUUGGAUCGACGCUCUGUGCAUUAAUCAACGGUGCAUCAGCGAGCGAAACAAACAAGUCCAAAUUAUGGGCGAGAUAUACUCUUUAAGUCGGCAGGUCCAUAUAUGGAUGGACGGCCUAACAUCUUAUUGCCGGGAUCAAAUGGACAAGUCAUGGACUUUCUCCGGCGACGAUGCCGAUUACAAUACUCUAUGGUCUGAGUAUUGCAAACACUUCAAGUUCACACAAGGGAGCACCGACAGAGCCUCAAUCAUAUCACCAAGCCGCCAUGACCGAAUCGACCUAUUCAUGGCCUGGAUCUUCAGGGAGCUUGCUAACGGCACACAUCUCACGGAGGUAACCGCCUUUUUGCCCGUACUAUGCUUGGAUAGACUGUGGCCCAGCGUGCUCAAGCAUCACAUCUUGAGCUUCUUUUGGGAUCGAUGGUUUUACCGGCUAUGGGUUGUCCAGGAGGCCGCUUUAGCCCCAGUUGGCCGGCUGCAUUUUGGUUCCGUGUCUAUACCUCUCGACACCAUGAUAUCGGCGGCCUCAAACUACAGAUUUCAUUUGCAUAACGAAUGCUGCAAGGUCGCCGGCUUAAGUCGGGAUGCCAUCGACCAGAAUCUAGCCAGCCUUCUAGAUAGCUUUCACGAGUUGGGUGAACUGCGAAAAAACUUGAGCUCGAAGCCCACGGUCCUCGAAUUGGCACUACAGCUUGUGAAAAGAAACGCGACCCAGCCGCAUGAUCUCGUAUAUGCACUUCUUGGUUUGGCGAGAUCUGAUAUUGUACCCGAUUACGAAGCCCAGAUUGCAGAUGUUUUUGUUGCCGCUUCUGAGGAACACAUUCGCCAAAGCGGUAACCUGUUGCCUCUGUCUUUUGGAGGGGUGCGUAAGUCUACCGAACUGAAAAACCUACCUAGUUGGGUGGUUAAUUUAUCCAUACCGAAAACCAGGACCGACCCUAAUCCCAAGGUAUUGGACUGGCUAGCACAAAUACCACACUUUUCCGCUUCCGGGAAGCUUGGCCAGGAGACUCAGGUGGCUAUCAUUGAUCGUCAGCUAUUUUUACGUGGCAUUUACGUUGACCGAAUACAAGCUACGUCACAUCAAAUUCGUUUCGAAGGAGGCGGCUCGCCAAACCUUUUCACACUAUGCAGCUGUGAUCUUGUAGACGAGCAGACGUCCCAUAGCGAACUCCAUAAGAACCAGCCCAUUACUUCAUGGAUAUCUACUCCCGAGCUUCGAGGAAGUCCAUAUCCUGGAGGCGGUACGCGUAUCAAUGCCUGGUGGAGAACGAUGCUCAGAGAUCAUGGCUGGGGUUCUGCCAAGACCCAAAGGGCGACAGAUCGGCAUUUAUCUACCAUUGCUAUACUGAACGAAUUCUGGGCUACAGGUCAGGAUGAUUCUAGCGAGAAUAUCUCAGAUUAUUUCGAGAAAUCAGUUGGAGUAGACAUGUCGUUUUUUAAGAGCGGCACAUCGGACAGUGACAUUCUCACCAAUUCACUUCUGAUUCCUACCAUCCACGAGCAUAUGAUCGUUACGCUAAGGAAGAAGAAGAUGUUUCUAACAGAAGAGGGCUAUCUCGGUAUCGCGAGUAGAGAAAUCCGGGAGCAGGAUGAGAUCUUCAUCUUGCCAGGAUCAGCAGUUCCGAUUGUAUUACGACCGAUAAAUCUCACCGACAGCGUCAAAGAUGAGAAAACACAUUUUAAAGUGGUCGGUGAUUGUUUCAUUCAUGGCUUUAUGGAUGGCGAGGCAGUAAAUAGCGCCAGCUUCAAGAUGCAGGAUUUGGUUAUUUCCUAA